CAGCCCACUUUAUAUAAACUUCUUCCUCUACGGUUUCCUCCAUUUCUCUCCGUUAGCUUCCAUUCGUGCAGAGCGGAGGAGGAGGACGAUCGGGUUCGCAUUCUUUUUAAUCUUCGCCAGUAAUCAUCUAGAUCUGUUUGCGUACAUCUCUUGAUUGGGGGGAAGAUGGGGCUUACGUUUACGAAGCUCUUUAGCCGUCUCUUUGCGAAGAGGGAGAUGAGGAUUUUAAUGGUUGGUCUUGAUGCCGCUGGUAAGACCACGAUUCUCUACAAGCUGAAGCUCGGAGAGAUUGUUACUACCAUCCCAACUAUUGGGUUCAAUGUAGAGACUGUUGAGUACAAGAACAUUAGCUUCACUGUUUGGGAUGUUGGUGGUCAAGAUAAGAUCAGACCAUUGUGGAGGCACUAUUUCCAGAAUACACAAGGCCUUAUUUUUGUUGUUGACAGUAAUGACAGAGAUCGAGUCAUUGAGGCCCGGGAUGAGCUGCACAGAAUGCUAAAUGAGGAUGAGCUGCGUGAUGCUGUCUUGCUUGUGUUUGCAAACAAACAAGACCUGCCAAAUGCUAUGAAUGCAGCCGAAAUCACUGAUAAGCUUGGUCUUCAUUCGCUUCGUCAGCGACACUGGUACAUUCAAAGCACUUGUGCCACCUCUGGUGAGGGCCUGUACGAGGGGCUCGACUGGCUUUCCAGCAACAUUGCCAACAAGGGUUGAAACUUGUACUUUGAUCAGAAUACGCCGAUUGUUCGUUUUCUAUCCCUCUCGAGGAGUAUUUUCUGACCUUUUCUUUUGCAUCUAAGAGCACAUAUCCAAUUAGUUGUAAUGCAAAAUCUUGUGUUGUGGUCUGAUAUUCUGUGUUUUUGUCUACUUGUCCUAUUUGCACUGCAGUGUUGUUACAAAUUCUAUUUCUUUCCAGUGUUCCGUGCGUUUUAUAAUAGCUUUUAUGUAGAGCACACACUCUGUUGAAGAUUUUUAAUUUUCUAGCAUUAUGUACAAGUAUAAGGACUUCAGUUUUA